AUGGCUUAUCCUAUGAUUACACGGCCAGUAUUGAGGCAAUGUUUGGCAAAGCCUCACAAACCACAAUAUCGCGGAGGAAUCAUUGUAAACCCGGAACUAAAUCUUGGCGUGAAAGGAUGGUCUACUUUCGGCAAUGCAAAAAUACAACACCGAGAAUCAGAAGGCAACAAAUUCAUUGUGGCUCAUGGUAGAAACCAGCCACAUGACAGUAUUUCGCAGAAGACGUACUUGCAAAGAAGCAAGCUCUACACGUUCUCUGCUUGGAUCCAAGUGAGCAGCAGUAGUGCUCCGGUAUCAGCAAUUUUCAAGACAAGUAGCGGAUUUGUACAUGUUGGUGCAAUUGUAGCUGAAUCCGGUUGCUGGUCCAUGCUCAAGGGUGGCUUAACCGUCAAUGCCUCAGGUCCUGCCGAGCUCUACUUCGAGAGCAAGAACACAUCUGUUGAGAUAUUUGUUGAUAGCAUCUCCUUACAACCAUUCACUGAGAAGCAGUGGAAUUCUCAUCAACAACAAAGCAUUGAGAAGGUUCGUAAGACGAAUGUUAGAAUUCAAGCGGUCACCGAGCAAGGAAAUCCACUGGAAAAUGCAACAAUCAUCAUCCAACAAAAGGCUCCAGGCUUCCCUUUCGGUGUUGCAAUCAACAAGAACAUCCUCACCAACACAGCCUACCAAAACUGGUUCACUUCAAAGCCUUUCAAAGUCACAACGUUUGAAGACGAAAUGAAAUGGUACACCACGGAGCCUUCUCAGGGCCAAGAGGACUACUCCGCUGCUGAUGCCUUGGUUCAGUUUGCAAAGCAACACCAGAUUGCAGUCCGCGGCCACAAUGUGUUCUGGGAGGAUCCUCAUUACCAGGCCGGUUGGCUUAACUCGCUCUCUGGCCAACAAUUCUCCGAUGCCGCUAACAAGAGGCUCAAUUCUAUUAUGGGGCGAUACAAGGGACAAGUCAUUGCUUGGGAUGUUAGUAACGAAAAUUUGCAUUUUAACUUCUUUGAGAGUAAGAUGGGUGCAACUGCGUCUGCUGAAUUUUACAAUUGGGCUAGUAAAGCUGAUGAUACAGCCACAUUAUUCUUGAAUGAUUACAAUACCAUUGAGGAGAGUGGAGAUAAAGAUUCGAUUCCUGCUAAGUACCUUCAGAAGCUGAGAGACAUAAAAGGGUUUCCCGGCAACAGUAAUGCAAAGAUGGCGAUUGGUCUCGAGUCACAUUUCCAGACUCCUAACAUUCCUUACAUAAGAUCUUCUAUUGAUACUCUUGCUGGUGCAAAUGUGCCAAUUUGGAUUACAGAAUUGGACGUCGUUAGUGGUCCCAAUCAGGCAUCAUACUUGGAGCAGAUUCUAAGGGAGGUGCAUUCUCACCCUAAGAUUCAAGGCAUUGUGAUUUGGGCUGCAUGGAAACCUUCAGGAUGCUACAGAAUGUGUUUGACGGAUAACAAUUUCAAGAACUUGCCCACCGGCGAUGUUGUUGACAAGCUCACAAGUGAGUUCGGUUUGACUUCGGGCUUAGCUUCUGGCACGACGAACGCUAAUGGUUUCUUCGAGGCCUCGCUUUUCCACGGCGAUUACGAAGUGAAAAUUACUCACCCCUUGGUCGACUCCCCCUUCGUUCGGGGUUUGAAUGUGGCACCAACUACUGAGUCCCAGCAACAAUUGCACGUCCAACUUAAUGCCUGAAGAAUUGUUACGUUUUCUCUUGUUUUUGUAAGCAAUUUUGGGUCUGAAAGGUGCAAAAGAAAGACAAAAACAGAGGUAUUUUAGAAUACCUCAUUUUGUUGCAAUUAUUUUCUUAUUUUCUUCUUCUGGUGCCAGUCGAACUGUUGACCCGGUGGGCUUCUUGUGAACACAAAGCCACUAGGCUACAGAGAGACUGGCUGUGUUUGUG